AUGGUGGCCAAGGCGAAUUAUACGACGAGUGUCUGCAAUUUAUUUCGUUUGUAUAGCGUGGUGGUGCUAUUGUGUUCUGGACUUACCGUGAUAAAUACAGCCGCAGUAGCAUCCUCUGUUAUUCGAUACGGUAAUACGCACAGCUCGCAACCAUCAAGUAAAAAACUCCGUCAUUUUACCGAAGAGAGGGUUGGGCCAAGUCCAGCUGCGAUUCAAGAUAUAGUAAGAUCGAUUGCUACAUCAUGGCUUGGAAACCUCUUUCCGCAAAAUCUGUGGGUGAUGAGGUUAAAGUUUAAGCCUACUUUAGAAAACGGGUUACCAAAGGACGCAGAGAAGACAGCGAACUUUUUCGGAAGUCAAGAAUUUCUGGAUUGGGACCAUUUUGCCGCCAGUAAUUACGAAGGAGACGAACAGAUACGCGAUAAGCUGAUGAUCGAGGUGUUACUGGAACGUCUUCAAUUACCCCAAUUGCUUCCACAUCUCCGUGGUGAUGAAAACCGGGCAGACACUCUUGCAACUCGCCAACGUUUUGAUGCCGCGCUUCUUAACUUGUACGAUCUGCAGAAUAGACAUUACGAUAUGACUAAAGUCGUAUUGCCGUGGAUAAAUUCCAAACACGAUUCGGAACAGGAGCUCGCGGGUGAUCUCUUCAAACAGAUACAUAAUCUCAAAUUUAUCGAUCAUACAAAAAAAAAAGCAAGAACUUAA